AUUCCUCUUCUAUCUAGACUUCGUCUUUCUUAGAGAUCAAGAAAAAAAAAACACCCCGUUUCGUCUGGUGAGUGGUGAUUGUCCCCUUGCACAAGAAAUGUCUUUCUUCAAUUGGACUACUGUUAUAUAAUCUCUUUCUUUCUCAAAUAUAUACACCACCUGAAUCGAAUUCUUUUCUGAAUCGAAUUCCUCACCAUCUAUCCAACAUUUUUCAUUCCUGAUUAAUCCAAUUCUCACCUUCGAUUAAACCCCACUUCUUCCUAAAAAUCCCCAAAUCCAAUCUCUCUCAAUUCCAGAACUCCUUGUUUUUUAGGGUUUAUCCUCAAAACUCAAUCAACUUAAAUAUGGCGACGAAAUUCUCUGACGAUGAACUAAGCACAAAAUUGCAACAACUCCGAUCCCAAUUAAACAAAAAACAAACCUUUGAAUCGGCCGUUUCAUCGAUCAAAUCCCUCCUCCUCGAAACCUACAAUUCUUCCCCUCCUCAAAUCCGCAAACUCUUCUACGACGUCGUUUGCCGCGUCGUUACCGUCCUGCAAACUCGCUACACUUUCCCAGGGUACCUCUUAUCCGGCGUACAACUCCUGGAAAUCGCCGAACGCCUCGCUUUCGACGCAUCCGAGAAAAUGUAUUUCAAAUCCUGCAUCAACAACCUCAAAGAAACACUCAAUCAGGAAUCUGUUGAUGAAAAUGGAGGAGAGAGAUUAUCGCAGAGUUCGCGAGGUGGGUAUUUAUUUGAAGGUCAUCUAACAGUUGAUCAGGAACCUCCUCAACCUAAUUGGCUGGUCCAGCAGAACUUACUUACUGCCCUCGCUUCGCAAUCUCAAGAUAACAGUGAUGAGAAUAUGGGGAGUUUGAUGAGGGGGUUAGUGGAGAGUUUGGAUGUGUCCAUGCUCGAGAGUUUUGAGGAUUUUUUACCACCAAUGGAAGGGAGAGGGAAUCGGGCUGCACCACCUGCGAGUAAAGAGGUGGUGGAGAAAUUGCCGGUGAUUAAGCUCGAAACUGAGGAAAUGUUGAGGAAUAUAGUUGGGAAGGAUGGUGGUGAGUGUUGUAUAUGUAAGGAGAAGUUGGGGUUGGGUGAUAAUAUGCAAGAAAUGCCGUGUAAACAUUUGUUUCAUCCUCCGUGCUUGAAACCGUGGUUGGAUGAGCAUAAUUCGUGCCCGAUUUGCCGCCAUGAGCUGCCCACGGAUGAUCAUAAGUAUGAGAGUUGGAAGGAGAGGGAGAAGGAGCUUGAGGAAGAGAGAAGAGGUGCUGCUAAUGCUGUUCGUGGUGGCGAGUUUAUGUAUAUUUAGAACUGCUUUCUGAUUUAUGACAGCAUAUGUACUAGUAGUUUCUUUUUCUCUCAAAAUGAUUCAAUUUUAAGUCCUACAGUUUCUUAUUUAUAUGUAUGCAAACAAUAGUUGAGCAAAGUAGUAAAAGUUUGGGUUCAAAAUGAUCUGAAAUUUCUGGUUUCAGGCCUUA